AUGAAGAGAUCCUGGUGGAGCAGUAUGAUGGGUCCAGACCUGUGGUCUCUCUUGCUGUGUGUGAUGGGGUUGGGCCUGGUUCUGCCGGUUGUCUGGGGUUCUGGUGAUGGCAAUGAAGAGUAUAACUGGAUACAGACAAACGUACCCCUGGUCCUGGACAGACAUACAGCACCACUGCAUAACCCAGAUUUCCAAGGUGAAGACUCCAGCAAGGCAAGUGUGAUGUGUGGGAUUGAAUGCCAAUCGGGCUUUCCAGAACCUGGGACGGCAGACCUCGAAAGACUCCUUUCCUAUGAGACGGUUUAUGAGAAUGGGACACGAACGCUUACCGAGGUUUCACUGCAAGGGCUACACCCAAUAAACACAUCCACCCAAACCUCCGCAAUCAGCGAUCAGACUAUACGUAGGAAACGACAAGUUUACGGCAUGGAUGGUCGCUUUGUGAUCACAGACAAACAUUUUGCCACUAAGUAUCCAUUUGCAGCCUCAGUGAAGCUCUCAACUGGCUGCUCUGGGAUCCUAGUAUCACCCAGGCAUGUCCUGACUGCAGCCCAUUGCGUCCAUGAUGGUCAAGACUACCUGAAGGAGAGCAAGAGAUUACGUGUCGGGGUCCUGAAACUACGCUCCAAACGCAGAGGCGGUGGCCGUCGAGGAGGCAAGAGACGACAGAAGGAUGGUAUGAGAGUUAAGGGAAAGGAAAGAGAGAAGAGGAGAGGGAAGAGGAGAAAGAAUCGUCCUCGGCGUAGUGCAAAGUCCAAACAACCUACUAUGACAAGCACAGAAACGAAACAGCCAUCUUUCCGCUGGACACGUGUUAAACUGACACAAGUGCCCAAAGGAUGGAUCAAGGCUGUAGGGCAGAACAUUGCCGUGGACUACAACUAUGCCCUCUUAGAGUUGAAACGACCCCAUAAGAUGAAAUAUAUGGAUCUUGGAGUGGUUCCUGCCAUCAAGGAGAUCCCUGCAGGAAGGAUCCACUUCUCAGGCUUUGAUGAUGACCAGUCAGGGACAGUUGUCUAUAGGUUCUGCUCUGUGUCAGAGGAGUCUAACCACCUGAUAUACCAGUACUGUGAUGCCGAGAAGGGAUCCAGUGGGGCAGGGGUGUAUGUUCGGCUUCGGGAUCCAAACAGAAAGCAGGGAGAACGGGCUAAGUGGAAACGGAAGGUGAUAGGAGUGUUCACCGGUCACCAGUCGGUAGAGGUGAACGGAAGGCAGCAGGACUACAAUGUAGCCGUGAGGAUCACGCCACUCAAGUAUGCUCAGAUCUGCCAUUGGAUCCACGGUGACCCCAAGCAAUGCCAGCAGGUCUGA